UUCACAGGGCAGAGGUGGGGCCAGGGUGACUUUGCAUCUAGGGGAGGGACGUGGACCCUUUACAGCCACGGACAAAGUCCUCCUUUCCCUUGAGCCCAGGCAGGCAAGCUGUAGCUGGUACCUUGGUUUUCUAGCUGGGCAGUCCACCAGUAGCCCUAACCAUGCAGGGAGUCUGGGUGCUGCUGUUGGUUUUGGGUCUCAGGAUACAUAUGUCCUUUGGCGACAUCCCAGAGGAGGAGAAGAACCCAGCCUUCUGGAAUCAAAAGGCAAAGGAGGCCCUGGAUGUCGCCAAGAAGCUGCAGCCCAUUCAGACAUCAGCCAAGAAUCUCAUCAUCUUCCUGGGGGACGGGAUGGGGGUGCCCACAGUGACAGCCACCAGGAUCCUAAAGGGACAGCUGCAACAACAUUCAGGGCCUGAGACACCCCUAGCCAUGGACCGCUUCCCAUACAUGGCUCUGUCCAAGACAUACAAUGUGGACAGACAGGUCCCAGACAGUGCAGGCACAGCCACUGCCUAUCUCUGCGGCGUCAAGGCCAACUACAAGACCAUCGGUGUGAGCGCAGCUGCACGGUUCAACCAGUGCAACACCACAUUUGGCAACGAGGUCUUCUCAGUGAUGUACCAUGCAAAGAAAGCAGGGAAGUCUGUGGGAGUGGUGACCACGACCAGAGUGCAGCACGCGUCUCCAGCUGGCACCUACGCACACACGGUGAACCGUAAUUGGUACUCGGAUGCAGACAUGCCUCCUUCUGCAGUACAGGAGGGCUGCAAGGACAUCGCCACACAACUCAUCUCCAACAUGGACAUCGAUGUGAUCCUCGGUGGAGGCCGCAAGUUCAUGUUUCCCAAGGGGAUUAAGGACCCUGAAUACCCAGCUGACCCUAACCAGGCUGGAACCAGGCUGGAUAACAAGAACCUGGUAGAGGAGUGGCUAGAAAAGCGCCAGGGGGCCCGGUAUGUUUGGAACCGCCAGGAGCUCCUUCAGGCGUCCCAGGACUCAAAAGUGACUCACCUCAUGGGCCUCUUUGAGCCGACAGAAAUGAAAUAUGACAUCAACCGAAACGUCUCAGUAGACCCUUCCCUGGAGGAGAUGACAGAGGUGGCCGUGCACCUGCUGAGCAGGAACCCGCAGGGUUUCUACCUCUUUGUGGAAGGGGGGCGUAUUGACCAAGGCCAUCAUGCGGGCAUAGCUCACCUGGCACUGACUGAGGCUGUCAUGUUUGACUCUGCCAUUGAAAAGGCCAGCCAGCUCACCAGUGAGAAGGACACGCUAAUACUCAUCACCGCUGACCACUCCCACGUCUUCGCCUUUGGUGGCUACACAUUGCGGGGGACCUCCAUCUUUGGUCUGGCCCCACUCAGUGCUCUAGAUGGCAAGCCCUACACUUCCAUUCUCUAUGGCAACGGCCCUGGCUACGCACUUAAUUCAAGCACCCGUCCCACUGUCACCGAAGCUGAGAGUGGUGACCCGUCGUACAAGCAGCAGGCGGCUGUACCCCUCUCGUCAGAGACCCACGGAGGGGAGGACGUGGCUAUAUUCGCGCGUGGCCCGCAGGCGCACCUAGUGCAUGGAGUGCAGGAGCAGAACUACAUCGCUCACGUGAUGGCCUUCGCAGGCUGCCUGGAGCCCUACACCGACUGCGGUCUGGCGCCCCCUGCCGGCCAGAGCAGCGUCACCACCCCUAGCAAGACUGAAGUCACAAAUGGUGCAGCUGGCCAGGCCACUGUCCUGCUGUCCCUGCAUCUACUAGUCAGCAUGCUGCUGGUAGUAGGGGCUGCCGUGGUGGCAUCCUGA